AUGGAUCUCAAGGUAUCUCCCUUAACUAAAAUCAUUUCCCUUUCAGGGUUUUUAGCACUCGGUUUUUUAUUGGUUAUUUUAAGUUGCGCCCUAUUCCAUAAUUAUUACCCAUUAUUUGAUAUCCUAAUCUUUCUGCUAGCACCAAUACCAAAUUCACUUUUCAGCAAAUCAAAUUUAGAUAAUGCAGAUUUUAUGUCUGAUUCACCAAGUAAUGCACAAGAUUUUGGUAGUUUUUUGACUGGUUUACUGGCAACAAGUGGUAUUGCCCUACCGGUAGUUUUUUACCAUUGCCAGCUAAUAGGUCUAAUGAGUUGUGUUAUGAGUAUUCUAGGUGGGCUUAUUAUAUAUUCAAGUAUAGUUGUAUUUUCGUGGUUUUUCCAUUCAAGUUGGGAACAUGAAGAAGACGCAUUAUUUGGUUGA